AUGUACACCUCUGCCAGGGCCUGCACUGACGGAAAGCUUAUCCCCAGCUAUGAAGAGAAACAAGGAAAGAAGCCAUCCUAUACUAUGAAUAAGUCUCUAUAA